AUGGAAAAAGUUUUGGACAAAGCCAGAGUCCAGACUUCAUGGGCUGCUGUGAUUUGGGACCAGCAGCCAUCUUGGUUUUCAGUCAGAAGAGCUCAUUCCAAGGAGGGUUUCGGGUCAGUGGAGAAAGUUGUGCUGCUCACAUUUCUGUCGGCUGUUAUCCUGAUGGCAGUCUUGGGGAACCUGCUGGUGAUGGUGGCUGUGUGCAGGGACAGGCAGCUCAGGAAAAUAAAAACCAAUUAUUUCAUUGUGUCUCUUGCCUUUGCGGAUCUGCUGGUGUCAGUGCUGGUGAUGCCCUUUGGUGCCAUUGAGCUGGUUCAAGACGUCUGGAUUUAUGGGGAGAUGUUUUGCCUCGUCCGGACAUCUCUAGAUGUCCUGCUCACAACGGCAUCGAUUUUUCACCUGUGCUGUAUUUCUCUGGAUAGGUAUUAUGCCAUCUGCUGCCAGCCUUUGGUCUAUAGGAACAAGAUGACCCCUCUGCACAUCGCAUUAAUGCUGGGAGGCUGCUGGGUCAUCCCCUUGUUUAUCUCUUUUCUCCCUAUAAUGCAAGGCUGGAAUAACGUUGGCAUAAUUGAUUUGGAAAGGAUAUCCAAACCAAGGCUGGGCCAGGAUUUGCAUGUGAUAGAAAAAAGGAAGUUCAACAAGAACGCUAACUCUACGUACUGCAUCUUCAUGGUCAACAAGCCCUAUGCCAUCACCUGCUCUGUGGUGGCAUUCUACAUCCCGUUUCUCCUCAUGGUGCUGGCCUAUUAUCGCAUCUAUGUCACAGCUAAGGGGCAUGCCCACCAGAUCCAGAUGUUACAACGGGCAGGAGCCCCCUCAGAGGGCAGGCCCCAGCCAGCAGACCAACAUAGCACUCAUCGCAUGAGGACAGAGACCAAAGCAGCCAAGACCCUGUGCAUCAUCAUGGGUUGCUUCUGCCUCUGCUGGGCUCCAUUCUUUGUCACCAAUAUUGUGGAUCCAUUCGUAGACUACACUGUCCCUGGGCAGGUGUGGACCGCUUUCCUCUGGCUUGGCUACAUCAAUUCUGGGUUGAACCCCUUUCUCUACGCCUUCUUGAAUAAGUCUUUUAGACAUGCCUUCCUCAUCAUCCUCUGCUGUGACAAUGAACGCUACCGAAGACCUUCCGUUCUGGGCCAGACUGUCCCCUGUUCAACCACAACCAUUAAUGGAUCCACACAUGUGCUAAGGGAUGCAGUGGAGUGUGGUGGCCAAUGGGAGAGUCAGUCCCACCCCCCAACAACUUCUUCUUUGGUGGCUGCUCAGCCCAGUGACACUUAG